CCUCUUUUCCCCUUCCCCUUCUCACCUCUCUUCUUCUCCUCCUUCUCCUCCUCCUUCUCCUCCUUUCUCUCCCUCACUGUCUUUGUCCUCUUUGGCGAUCAGCAGCUCCCUCAUCACCAUCUCUCAUUCUCAUUCCUCACACUCCACUCCACCUCUUUUUCCCUUUCUCUCUCUUUCUCUCUCUCUCUCUCCCCUCUUGUGCCACAUCCUCUCUCGACCGUUGCAAGUUCCUCCGCACAGACAUGCUCGGUCACAUCGCAGGAAGACCCUCUCCCUCCUGGGACAAGAUCCAGGCCGUUGUGGUCCUCUUGAUGAGUUACGUUGCCCUCCGUAAGACGCCAGCAGCCGGACCCCGGCCUUUCCAGCGAUUGCAUAAUCUCCUGAAUAAGUACACACCCUGGCAGAUCCUCAUCGGAGCUCUGACCAUGCUCUAUGCAACCCACCAUGCCGAUGUGCUCCUCGGCCUCACACCUGCUGAGCCUGAGAAAAAGAUGUUCUCGCGUCGCUACACUCGAGGUUACACGCGCGGUCUUUGGAUCUUGUCUGCCCUUGAUGCUGGUUUCUUCAUGUCUCAGAACAUUCGACCUAAGAUUCUACGCGACACCAUGUCCGCAGUCUUCUCGGUGUACUACCUCUUCUUCCCCAAGCGGGCACUUGAGAAGAACAACAUGAUGCUCAAGACCAUCACUGCGACUCAUAUGCGCCGAUCCUGGGAAAAGAUGCUCCAUCCGGUCAUUAGGGCACUGACCUGGAUCAAUGCCCCGAGACUGGGUGUUCACAAACACAUUGUUCUGAAAUUGUCAAAGGAGCUGGGACAUCACUCGGACGCGUUGGUGGACGUGAUUGUGUUCUUCAGGGGCACAGAAGAGGAGCUUGCGAGACAGGAGGCCUUGCUGCUGGAUAUUCCGGGUGGAGGUUUUGUCGCCAUGAGCCCUCAGUGUCAUUCCGAUUAUCUGAUGGCCUGGGCAGGCCAGACUGGUAUUCCAGUUGUCAGUGUCAACUAUAAGAAGGCGCCCGAGCAUCCCUUCCCAUACGGACUCAAUGAGUGCUUUGAUGUGUAUCGCCUGAUUGUCGCCACUAAGGGUGGUUGCAUUGGCUUCAAUGGCAGGACCCAGCCACGUAUCGUGAUUGCUGGCGACUCUGCUGGAGGCACGUUUACUGCGUCCACCAUGAAUAUGAUCAUCGAAUUCGGACCGGAGCUUCCGCGACCUGUAGGUCUGCUCAUGAUCUAUCCAUGUAUGCAGGUUGGCCUAGAUUUCUGGAUCAGCAACAGCGAUCUGGCUGUGGUUGAGGAGGAGAUUGUUCGUGGUCCUAUUCCAUCGGAUCACUUGAAGGCCAGACCUGGACGCGGAGAUGGUAUGACCCUGAACAGUAAAGCGGCCUUUAUGGACGACCAAGUCCUCAGUUCUUCCUUCCUCCGUGCGCUGAUGGUGAUGUAUAUUGGUGGCGACCCAACUCUGGAUCUCAAGUCCAAUUACCUCGUUUCGCCCAUUCAUACGCCUGACCAUAUCUUGGCCCAGUAUCCAAGAACAUAUAUCAUUGCUGGCGAAAAGGACCCGCUCGUCGACGACUCCAUCAUCUUCAUGGCCAAGCUGCGUCGUGCUAAACGCACUGCCUCUGCGGAUCUUGAGAGCGACACCCUAAGGAUCGUCAGUGGCGUAUCUCACGCCUUUUUACAAAUGACCAGCAUCGUCCCAGAAAUGAACGAUCUCGUCAAAGUCGCAGGCGAGGAACUCAUGGACAUGCUCAAGGCGCCACAGCAACCGCAAGCAGAGUGGGGUCAUGCGAGCACGCAGUCAUUGCAGGACGGCGCAACAGAUUUGGUCCAGAUCAAUCUGCGUUCCAAGACAGUCUCGAACCCUCGGCAGGUCAGCCCUUUUGUCCUCAAAUGGGAGGAAGAAAACACUAGAGAUGCCAUUUCGACUUAUGAGCAUCGUCGCGUGGCAUAUCUAGACCAGUUGGGCAUUGAUAGCCAUGAAGAUUAGAGUGCGAUCUAUGCCACUAUAUUAUAAAGAAGCAAGUCUAUAGAGCUAAUGAUACAGAAUACGCUGUUACGCCAGCAAUGGUCUA